AUGGCAGUGGCCAGUGCGGGUUCGAGCUCAACGGACAGGGGACAAAGGCCUAAAGUGCCGGAGCCUCAGUGCUAUGAGGGGGCGAGGGAUGCUAAGGAACUUGAGAAUUUCCUGUUCGACAUGGAACAAUACUUUCGAGCUGUACACACAAGGGAUGCCAAGUUGUGGUGGCGCUCCAAGUUUGUCGAUGAUGAGUGCUCGAUUAAGACUUGGACGGAUCUGAAGCGUGAACUGAAAAACCAGUUUUUUUCGGAGAAUGUGGAUUAUAUGGCUCGAAAGAGACUUCGAGAGUUGGUGCAAACCGGAACGGUGCGAGAGUUCGUGAGGAACUUUUCUACCCUGAUGCUGGAUAUUAGGGACAUGUCCGAAAAGGACAAGUUAUUCCAUUUUAUCGAGGGCCUCAAGCCGUGGGCGAGGACAGAGCUACAGAGGCAAAGAGUGCAAGAUGUGACGACGGCCAUGGCUGCAGCGGAACGUCUUCAUGAUUUUAAUGAUGGUUCGUUAAAAUGGAAGAACCCUCCACCAACUGGCAGUAGCUCUAAUCUUGGGACUCUCCCUGAUAUUGGAAAGCCUUUUGAAGUCCAGACAGAUGCAUCAGAUUUUGCUAUUGGAGGUGUGCUUUUACAACAACAUCACCCGGUAGCAUUCGAAAGUAGGAAGCUGAGUGAAGCUGAAAGGAAAUACACAGCCCAGGAGAAAAAGCUCCUUGCGGUGAUUCAUUGCUUGAGGACUUGGCGGCAUUACUUGUUGGGUGCGCACUUUGUCGUGAAGACAGACAACACAGCCGUUAGCCACUUCCUCACCCAACCAAGACUCACGGCGAAACAAGCUAGGCGGCCAGAGUUAGCGGCCCUCAGAAGAAUGGCCCCAAUGGUGGCUAGCAGAGCCACUACAGACAUCCAUAAGUUGAUUGGAGAUCAUUUAGGGAAAGACCCGCUAGCCUGUGCCAUUUUGAAGCUAGUGGAAGAAGGGAAGUCCAAACAUUUCUGGAAAGAAAAUGGGGUCUUGUGGACCAAGGGACCUCGAGUCUUUGUGCCAAGAGCAGGAGGUCUGAGACAGAUGCUGAUGAGGGAGUGUCAUGACACCCCAUGGGCGGGACAUCCGGGCUGGCAGCGCACGUUGGCGUUAUUGAAACAAGGAUAUUAUUGGCCUCAAAUGCGACAAGAUGUUGGCAAUCUUGGAGCUAUCUUGGUGGUGAUUGAUCGGUUCUCUAAGUAUGCCACAUUCAUUCCUGCUCUCAAGUACUGUACAGCGGAGGACACAGCUCGACUAUUGUUCAAACAUGUGGUCAAGUAUUGGGGCCUCCCCCAAAACAUCGUCAGCGAUAGAAAUCCUAAAUUCACGGGAGCGGUUCAAUGGAUUGUUAGAGGAAUACUUGAGGCAUUUUGUCCACGCCAACCAAAAGAACUGGCCCUCAUUAUUGGACGUUGCUCAACUCUGUUCUUGAGAAAGAGAGAUCGUAGAUUGGUGCGCAAGUACGAAGGUCCAGUAAGGGUCCUUUCCAAGGUGGGGAAUGCUUCCUACAAAAUCGACCCUCCAAAGUGGAUGAAGUUUAUAACAUAUGUCUAUACCAUUAACAGUAAGUCAAGCAUGAGACGCACCAUUACUCUUUGA